UAAAAGAAAAAGGGGAAAAUUCCAUUUCUCAUUUCGUACCGAGCGAGAAAGAAGAGUCCACGCAACGAACGGAAGCUGAUGCUCUCAUUCGUCUCUUGCCCUCACUGCUUCAUCUCAUUUUCCUGUCUGCAAAUUCUCCUUCCUAAAGCAAUCUACAAAUUUCUCGAGAAACAAACAGGAUUUUGAGGGACGGGGGAGGACGGGGGAGGGGCGUCGAUAUGAUAACGCGUUCGAAUUUGGCGGAACAGCUGAGAGAGUACCAGAUUCGAUCGAAGCAUGACUGGGCUUCCGUCUCCUUCUUCUCCUCCACUUCUAAUCUCACUUCUUCUAGGGUGGACGUGGUGGUCUUUGUGAUAUGGGAACUUGUUAUUCUAGCUUUUCUGGUUUUCUCAGCAGUCUCUUUAUAUUUCAGGCAUAUACGGCUUGCUUUUAUCUUAGUAAUUGUCACAAUGCUAUUACUUUUAUGCAUGAAAAUUACAAAGCAAGUAAGACUAGACAGGAAAAAGAAGCGGAGGAUGCUUCUUCCAUUAUCUAUGUAAAAUCAUAUGGAGUUGCAACCCUUUUUUUUUAAAGUGACCCAACUUUGUUGUGUAAAUUGUGAGAAUCCUUGACCAUAGCUUUUGGUCCCCCAUCCUCUUUUGGCUUAUUGGCUAUGUAAUUGCACUUAAAGGAAGCUGAUUAAAGAAUAUUAUUGGUGUGAUUACUUAAAUACAAGCUGAUUAAAGUGGUUCAUCU